CACUGGCACAGAGGAAAAAGAACAGUACAAUCUACUGUGCUAUAGUGAUUUUUAAAGCCAAUAUGGAUACUAUUAUGCGAAUCUAUUCAGUUGUAGGACCAGGUCAAUCCACACACCUUUUCAUUCGUCAUUUCAAAGGCUCUUUUUACCAUUAUCAUCAAUCAGUGGCUUCAAAAUGACAAGUGGACACCCGAUGACAACGAUGGAGGAUCUUGUUCAUGGUCAAUGGUCCGAAAAGGGUCGAUACUUCGCAGUAUAUCUGUUUCAAAGUGGCAUUCACAAUCGCUCUUGUGAUCUACUUCACAAGUGGUAGCCUCGUACUUGACUGGCGACAAAGCCUUGGCUGUGGCAAGUGGGGCAAAUUACUACGUUAUCACAAAUAACAAAUCUUCACUAGAGUGUAGGCCUACAUCACAUAUUUUGUCGGGAAUACGGGACAGCGGGGUAGAACAAGACAUAUGCAAGCCUUUUUCUGGCAGCUUUUCAAGUUUUCUUAAAAAGCAGGACUUUCUCAGAUAACCACGGCCUUUACGUAUAUAACUCGGUCAUGAUUAUGGCGAUUGCUCGAAGCUGUAGGCAGGUUUGUGGCCUGUUCACCAGGAGAAAACAUGCUGGAAAAGAAUCGAACUCCACUCCGCUAAAGCGAUGCCUUACCGCUGCCGACCUAACCUUCGUUGGCAUCGGAGCCAUGCUGGGCUCUGGGGUCUACAUCCUUCCAGGAGAAAUAGCCGGUGAGAUGGCGGGACCGGCGGCUGUUCUGUCCUUUCUCAUUGCCGGCUCGGUGGCUUUGCUGAACGGCUUCUGCUUCCUGGAAUGUGCAGGCCAGGUACCCCAGACGGGAGCAGCCUACGUGUACGCAUACGCAUCUCUGGGAGAGUUGGUUGCCUUCUUGGUCGGCUGGAAUGCCAUAGCAAUACGAGUCUUGGCCCUCGUGUUUUUAGCACGAGGAUGGAGCGCCUACUUCGACGACGUUCUCGGGGGCCACAUACGAAAUUUCACCAUUGAAUUUGUUCUCCAGGGCGAGGAAUGGGACGCACCUCUUCUUACCAGCUUUCCAGAUUUCACAGCCGGUGUUGUGUUACUUCUCGGAAGCAUCCCUGUCGUGUUUGAUGUGGACAUGUAUGCCAUUGUCAACAAUAUAGUACUGGCACUUAACUUGGCAGUUGUUUCUUUGCUUUUCAUAGUUUCCAUGUUCUGUGCGGACUUCUCCCUGCUUACAAAGCAUGGGUUUUUUCCUUUAGGCUACGCUGGUGUCAUGAAAGGUGCAGUAGCGGCGUUUAUAGGGUUUUGUGGAUUUGAUGCGAUCGCGCUCAGCUCUGAAGAAGCCAAAAACCCCAGUAGAGGCCUUCCCAUCGGCCUCAUCAAUGCCUUCGGGGCGUCAUUUUCAGCUUACACUGCUGGCACUCUGUCACUCACCGUCUUAACCGACUACCAAGUGAUCCAACCACAAGCUCCGUUUGCAUCAGCAUUCGGAAUGAUCGGUAUUGACUGGUUGAGGUAUAUCAUAUCCCUCGGUGCCAUCAGCAGUAUGACGGGAGGAAUAUUGACUAACUCUUAUUGUCUGUCUCGAUUCGUCUACCCGAUGUCACGUGAUGGACUGCUACCGGCCCUGUUUGCCAAAACCAACGAGCGAACCAAGACACCUAUCUGGGCCACCAUGUUUGGAACAUCCCUGGCCGCCAUUUUCAGUGUUAUUAUGGACUUUGUGAGUGUGAUUAAUAUCAUAGCUCUCUUGUGUUUGAUGGAAUUUACGGUAGUUUGUUCUGCUGUGGUCAUUCUGCGCUACAGUCCCUGUACACAGAGUGGCUAUGUACCCCUGGACAGCGGAGAUGAGGAUACUGGAGACGGGUCAAUUCUUGAGAUGGCCGAAUUGAAGCCGCCCGACCAGACGGUCAACGAACUGAAUGCGCUGAGCAACUCAGAAAGCAACGAAAGCAUCACUGGUGCUAACCGAAUGCACGACUGCCUGGCGAAUUCUCCGUCAGAUUCUUCGCAAUCUUCAAUUCUUCACUUGAUAAAACGACACCCAAGGACGGCUGUGGUUUUCUCACUCGCUUCCCACUUUCUAUUCGAAGUCGUGUUGGUGGCGCUGUUGACAUACAUGCUAAAGGAAUUGCAGCAUCUUGAGGGCGCCUUCAUUUACGGGGUCAUUGUAAGCGGCAGCCUCUCUCUAAUGAUGUGCUAUCCUCUCCUGGUUCUUCCUACAUACGACGCGGGACUUUCAUUCAAAGUUCCUUUGAUGCCAUUGCUACCGCUCGUUGCUCUGCUGUGUGACGUCAUUCUAAUCAUCCAACUAGAUGCUUUGGUCUUUGGUGAGGGACUCAUCUGGAUGUCGUUAGGACUGUUGUUGUAUUUGGUGUACGGUGUGAGACACAGUUUGGCAAGUACGAGGUUUGAAGACAGCACCCCCAACGAUAACUGAGUCCAGUAGCAGCCUGCGCUGAUAGUUUCCGUUUUCUCCUCCCCUCCCCCUUCUCCUCCCCCUUCUCC